UGAGGAGAAUACAACCCCUCGCAGAACUUCUUUCCGUGUCUCAAGAGUUUACAAUUCUCUUCUCCCUCUUCCCUUUCCCCUUCGAUUGGCCCUCGUUUCUCCAUAAUCUUCUCUGUGUGAUACUCGGAGAUGGCUGGAAGGGGAAAGUCUCUUGGUUCUGGAGCGUCGAAGAAGGCUACAUCUCGUAGCAGCAAGGCCGGACUUCAGUUCCCCGUCGGUAGAAUUGCUAGGUUUUUGAAAGCCGGCAAGUAUGCGGAGCGAGUUGGUGCCGGUGCUCCGGUUUAUCUUGCCGCUGUUCUUGAAUACCUUGCAGCAGAGGUUUUGGAGUUAGCAGGAAACGCGGCUAGGGAUAAUAAGAAAACGAGGAUUGUUCCAAGGCAUAUUCAGUUGGCGGUGAGGAACGAUGAAGAGUUGAGCAAAUUGCUUGGUGCUGUUACAAUAGCCAACGGUGGUGUGAUGCCCAACAUUCACAAUCUCUUGUUGCCGAAGAAGACUGGCACCGGUUCAUCAAAGUCCGCUGCUGCUGAUGACGACAGUUAAACAAUCUCUGUUGUUUUUUAGCGGUAGUAGAUGAAAAAAAAAUGAUAUUUGAAGUCAGAAGAAUGGAAACGGGAAGGGAAGAAGUAGUAGCUGUUAGAUUCUAAUUCUUUGUUAUCUUCUAACCCUUUUAAACGAUAGAAUCUGCUGUGUAGUAGUUUUUUCUUUUUAUAUAAAUUCUAGGGUUUCUUUUGGGAGGGGAAGAUUUUCUCUGUUUAGGGUUGGUUGGUUGUUGUCUUUUCCUGAGUUUACCAUUGUAGAUGAUCGAAUUUAGAUGGAUGUAAUCUCUUGUGAAUUUAGAAAGAAUUUGGUUUCUUUUCUA